AAUAUUAGUCUGCUCACGUAGCUGUAUAUCUAUUACAAUGCAAAAAACCCUCAGCGCCACAUUUCCAUCAAAUAUGCCAGGUACAUGUGGUCAAUACAAUGCUCAUGACGGCAUCAUGCUCCGUCUUCGCCGUGCCAUCUCAAGCGGGGGCAACGACUCCUCAUUCACUACUCCUGCUCCAACUGGUAUCGGUAGCACCUGCAGGAUGCUUUCACCGCCGUCAUCCACAGCCGUAGGCGAGGAGACUUCCAGCGACCGAGAAGCUGCGCCCAGACUGGUGUUCAGCACGUUGUCGAUGCGCGAGGAGUCAGACGACGCGGGCGAUGUUGCAAUCUUGUUCGCCAUCGGCGAGUAGGUCUUGGGUAUAACCGACUUGCGUCGCUUGUUCACGCCGGCGACAUUCGCCAAGUUGAGAUUAACCGGAAAUUGCGUCUCCUCGACCCUUCGACGCUGCUCGGCACACGCGACGACCCAACCGAUGCCCACGACGUGUGGCUUAGGAUCGCUCAGCAUCCUAUAACCCUUGAGCGUGCUCAUCAGCCCGUUCUUGAAGACGACAUGGGUGCACCGCGAGCCGACUCGAGCCGCAAUCUUCGCCCCCAUGUUCCUCAGCAUGUCAACAAACAACGAACCAGCGUCGUCACCCUCCUCACUCCGUACAUCCACGAAUAUCCUACAGUCUUUGAGGACAGAUAGUACAGCCGGGCUACCCGCGCCCGUCUCCGCCUUCGCCUUGUCCUUGCUUUUCCCGUCCGCGGUCCCACCCGAAGCGUGUUCCGUAUCUCCGAGUCCGCUGCCGCCAGCCGCAGCGGACCGAAGAGAUGGUUCCUUGUACGCAUUCGGCGGCGUCGACAGUGCGCCAGUCGCAAGUCUUGUCGCGUGCGCUCGCCGUGGAGGAGGGGUCGGCACAGCGUCCUUCUCCCCCUCUCCCUCACCCCGCGGAUGUUCAGCGGCGGCCGAAGACGUAGACGGGUAGGAGCUGCUGACCGCCCUCCCCUUCCCCUUGGGAUCCUCCCCUUGAAGAAGCGUAGGCGACGUUGCGCUGGGGAGCGCAGACAAGCUCUGCGUGAGCAAGUGGCUGGCCAUGCUGGCCCGCCGACUCGCGUUCCGCCUCGCCUCUCUCUCCUUCUCGCGUUCCUCCUUCUCCCUCGCGCGGGCUUCCGGAUCCGCAGGACCUGAUCCAAGCUCCCCGAACUCGAGCGCCCCAAGCGACUUCGCCGCAGGGCCUGCGUCCUCGUCGUCCCCGUCCGAGCCGUGGCCGAGGUCGCGGAGGACGUCCUUGUCCGCAUGCUUCAACCAGUCGUCGAUCUUGUCCUUCGUCGUCAGCUCCUCGACGCCCUCCAUCCCUUCCUGCACCUCGCUCACGAUCCUCUCCUCGCCCUCGUCCACGAGCGCCGUAUCCCCUCCCGUGCCGCUGCCUUUGACGGGACUGCCGACGACGACAGGUAGCGAGCUGACCUUGCUCGCACGUUGUACGACCCUGCCUCCUCCACCACGUCCCCUAAACGGACCCAAGCCGAAACCACCUCGGACACCAACACUAGCGCCGCCCGGCCUCCCGACGCCAAACACGGGCUUCGGGAGCGACCCCAGCGCACGGCUUCCCGACCUCGCGGCAAGGAACGUUCUCUUCGUCGUCGCGCCCGUCGCAGCAGCAGCCGGACGCGCGAUCCCUGACGAGCUUGACCCCGGGGUCGCGGUUGACGAAAGCACGCCCGAAGAGGCCUGGCUAGGGGUCGCAGCUGCGAGCCCAGCGCAGACCUUACCCAAGCUUGGGGCGAGCGCGAGCGUCGCCUGCCGCAUCCUCUCCAGCUCCCUCGGCGUCUUCCCCUCGCUGGGGGCGGCGUUAAGUGUUCCCCCGUUAACCGCAGUCGAAGUCGAAGCUCUGGGCGUGUUUGGGCCCGAUACCGCAGCUCGAGCUGCAGCAGCAGAUCUCAGCCGUGUCGUGCGCGUGCCUGCGGCAGGGAUGGGUGGGGGCAGCAUGAGCGUCGUCUGCCUGAGCUUCGUCUGCCCGUUCACAACGGCCGCCUGUCUCCCGGCCACAGGCUUCAGCGUCGCAGCCACCUUUCCCUUGCCCUUCGCGCCCGUGGUCGGAAGCGCGUUCAUCGACAUGGAGGUGCUAGGUCGUGGCCGUUCCGCCACUGUGCUCUUUGGUUUCGCGCUCUUGCCUCUCGCCGGGUCAUCGCUGGACCCGGGGGCGCUGGAGAGCGAACUGUCGCCAUCGGACGACAACGAGCGGUGAAAGCCAAGGCUCGUGUUGGGCCGCGAAGGUGCCGGUGCGUUCAGUCGUUCGAGUGCCUGGUUCAGCGUCGACAGACUCGAGUUGAGCGGCGUGGGCUGCGAGAGAGGGGGUCGCCUCGGAACAGAUAAUCCAGCGUGCCGUUCCGUAUGUUCAGGCCGCUGCUCGUCGCUCGCCGACCUCUGCUCCGCGGCCGACGAGUCGUCCAACUCUGAGAGCUCCGAGAGUUCUGACUCCUCUGACAGCUGCCCGGGCGGUUCUGGAGGGAACAUGGUCGUAUCUUCAUCCCCAUCCACGACAGCGUCAGCCUCUGCGUCGAUCGUCGACACCGGCUGCGCUGCAAUCUGGUUGUUGACGUCUUCCGUCGGCGCACCUCCGGCCGCCAGCUCAAAGCCAGACUUCACUAAAUGCCCACAAAGAGCGGAACCCAGUCGGCGGGGAUCGUCUAAGACAGUCGUGUCAUGUCGAUCAGAGUCAAUGCGACCGUGCGUCCUCCCUUGCGUCGGCGUCGGCACAUCGGCGUCGUCCAGCUCCGCCUCUUCCACUUGCGACCCCACCUCGUCCCCUACCGCAAACCCAUCCGUCGCCCGCUCCACAUAAGCCGGCCCCCGCGCGGGGAUCUGAGCCCGCGUGAACAGCGCAGGCCCGACGCUCUUCGCGCGUUCCCUGCCCUUCCCCUUCGGAUCCACGCCCGCGACCGGGGUCUGAGCCCGUCCGCCCUUGCUUCCGUUGACAGGCCUCGCCACUUCGCGCGGCGCAGGCGUCUUCGGCGCUGGGUCAGGUAGAGACUUGAAGUCGAACGGCCCCGCCGGUUUCGCCCUGCCUCCCUCCUGCGGGGCGCCCGCGGUGGAGUGGGGUGUGGACGCAGAGGGCGGCCGGGAGCUUGCGCGCGCAGGGAGGGACGGCUUCGCGGGCGAGGCCUUGGCGGCGGAGCUGCUCGUGGGCUGGGCGUACGACAUGGAGCGCGAGCGGCGGCGAUGCGCGGGCGGAGAGGAGGGCUCGUCUCUCAGCGGUUGCGUGAUAUCUUGGUAGGAGUGUGGCAUCUGGAAGGGAUGAGGGAUCUGGGAUGGGAGCGCACGGGAAGUCUUUGGAUGGGAUAGCAGGGACGGUCGAGGUUCAGGGCGCUGUGCAGGUGUAGAUUGAGUGUUGGGGAGUUGUGGACUAGGCCGCGGACUCGACAGUAUGUCAGCAAACGCAUCCUGGAUCUCGUCCUCGGCCUGCUCGUCUCCCUUGUCCUCGGACGCGGCCAGACUCUUCGCUCUCUGGCUCCUGGUGUUCCUCGGAUUCCUGAUCUGCGGCGGACCGAGAGUAGACGGCUUCUUGUUCCUCGGAUUCUUCACCUUCUUGGCUGGAGGCGCGUCGUCGACAAGGAGCUUGCCCCUGGGCUUCAUCCGGGCUUUCACGCCGGCCGACUUUGGGCGAGGAAGCAUGCUUUCCCUGGGCGCAGGCUUUGGAGCUUGGGUGGGCGCAGGAGGGUUGGAGGGACCUGCGACGGGGACGGAGACGGAGUUGGGUAUGGGGACCGGAGUAGCAUCGAGGUCAAGGGUAGAGUCUGCGUGCAGAGAACGGUCAAUAGGCAAUGGAGUGAGAGGAGACAUGGGGGUCAUGAAAGGCGCAAGGCCGGUCGUUGGAUUGGUGUGGGGUAGAGGCGUGGUGUGGUCGAAGGAGAGAACGGGAAGGGUAGGAAAUGGUGGAGAAGGGACGGAGCGGGGAAAGGUAGAAAGAUGUACAUCGGCAUCAGACGACUCUGCACGUUUCUUUGGGGAUUCUGGAGGGACGGAGGCGAUGCGAAACUUUGCGGGGGAUCGACGGGGAGAGGGAGGGACGUUGUUGAGAUCGAGCAGAGGGAUGGGCGCGUUUGCAGCGGCGGGGGGCACGGACUUUGCGCGGCGGUCUGGGGAGUCGUGUGCACGGGAAGACGGGAAGAGAGCGUCGUGGCGGAGGCGCUUGAGGUCGGGUAUGCCGACGAGGGCAGCAUCCUUGGCGGGCGAAGACGGCCUCUUGAGGACGUUGUCGAGGUGGGGCGGGGUGGUGCUGUCUUUGUCCGAGUCGGACGGCGGGGUCGGGGCGGGGUGCUUGAGGGCGAUGCGGGCCUGCUUGAGGGGCGAGGCGGCGAGGUCGAUGCGGGUGAAGAAGCCGUCGAGGGUGGACUGGGAGCGGGUGCGUGUGGCGUGCUCCGUGGGCGGGUUUGCCAUCGAGAGCGGCGGCGAUGAAGGACGUCGGGGCGAUGUUGAGACUCUGAGCCCCGCCGCGACGCGUGUGGUUCUGUUGGCAGGCAGCCCACGUGACACGCGCCUCCGUGGGCGGGAGUGGCGCGCUUGUCCUUGUCGCAAACGUCCACCACUGCGUUACCUGUCUCCUGACCUGCUUGCCUUGCUAUAUGUCAACACGAAAACCUGCGCCCCGCUUGCCCCGUCCGGUUGCACGAUACUGGAAAGGGAAGGCUCCCAAAGGCGCUGACGCCGCCCAAUCCGAGUCCGAUGAGGACGAAGUGGCCGAGGAGCAGCAGGCAGAGGACGAGGGUGACGUGCUCAUCCGGGAUGUGGAAGUCGGAGACGGGGAGGGGGAGGAAGAGGACGGGCUGGAGGUGCGGCGGGCGGUUGAGAGGCAGGCCAAGGGCACGAUCAGCGUCGCGCUGAGGGACGUGAACGUCUCCAAAGAGGGCAAAGUCAUCGUGGGCGGGAAGGAGGAGUCUGGGCGUACGGCUGCUGAACUGGAGGAAGAGGAGGAAGAAGAGGAGGAAGAGGAAGAAGCCGCUGAGGAGGAGGAGGAGGAAGAAGAGGAAGAAUCUAGCGAGGAGGAGUCUGCAUCAGAGCAAGAGCAGCCAAAUCUCCAGUUCCGUCCAGUCUUCGUGCCAAAACGCGCACGUGCUACUGUCGCUGAAAGGGAGGCUCUCGCUGAGGACUCGGAAGAGGCGCAGAAACGCAAAGAAGCGGAGGCGGAAGAGCGCAAGAAGGCGAGCCACGACAUGGUGGCGGAGACCAUUCGUCGCGAGUUGCUCGAGAAGGAGAAGGAACAGGAGACCCCGGACGUUGAUGACACAGACGGGAUCGACCCCGCCGGGGAGUUCGAAGCCUGGCGGCUGCGCGAGCUUGCCCGCAUCAAGCGCGACAAGGAAGCGGAGCUCGCGCGUGAAAGGGAACGCGAAGAAAUCGAACGACGGCGCGCUUUGCCCGAGGAGCAACGGCUGAAGGAGGACAUGGAGCGGGCGGAGCAGUCGCGCAAGGAGAAGCCGAAAGGCCAGCAGAAGUUCCUACAGAAGUACUGGCACAAGGGCGCGUUCCACCAAGACGAAGAGAUCCUCAGAAAGCACGAUUACACGGAGGCGACCGAGAGCACGGUGGACGUGUCGCUGUUGCCGAAGGUGAUGCAAGUGAAGAACUUUGGAAAGCGUGGGCGGACGAAGUACACGCACUUGCUGGAUCAGGACACUACGGUAGGGAGUGGUGGAUUCGGAGGGACCGCGCCUGUGAAGGCUGGUGGGACGUCCACCAGUGCCGGCGGCUGCUUCCUCUGUGGUGGACCACAUCUCAAGAAAGACUGUCCACAAAAUGCCGACCUGCCUCCCGGGAGGACGGCUACAGGUGCCAACGGCGCACCGACCGGAGCGAGCUCACGACAGUGGGGUGCGCGUCACGGAGACAGGGAUGGGCCCCGUGGUUCGUGGCGUGACCGCGACGAAGACCGGCGACCGAGCGGGGACAGCAGAGACCGACGGAGAGACGAGAAAGGAGCACGCGACCGGGACCGGUAUCAGCGCGACGAUGACGGCGAAAGGGCACGAUAUGACCGCCACCGUGGGGAUAGGCGCGAUGACGGCGAUCGCGUCUGGAGACGACACUCGAGGUCGCGCUCGCCGACUCGCGAGGGCCGGAGGAGAUCUAGGGAGCGAUCGGUUGACCUGGGGCGGGGCGAGAAGCGGAGGAGAGUGGACUAGCUCAGGGGGACCCACCUCUGUAGUUUGGCGGACUGUUUUUGUUCUUCGUUCUGACCAUCUAAUGCAGGUGCA